UCAUCUUAACAUAUAGUUUUACGUGCAAAAAUUGCUUAUUAUAACCGUUUUUCUUGUUCCAUUCAUUUAUCGAUUUUCUGCAUUGGAUAUGAAAUUCAUUUGAGGAAUGAAUUAAUGAAUGAACGAUGAAUCAUAGAUGAAGAUGAAUUUUACAUCUGAGAAAAAGGAUGUUUUAGCUUGAUUAAGAUUUGGAAAGAAAGAUGUCGUUUAAGAAAUUGAAGGAGAGUCUGACUGAAAAAAAAUUAUCUCCGGAAGAGCAGCAGAUCAAGAUCGAAGAAACCAGAAAGAUAAUUGGUCCAAUUGCCGAUAAGUUCCCGACUAUAUGCUCGGAUGCGUCGGUGCUAAGGUUUCUUAAAGCACGAAACUAUAAUACUAUGAAGGCUGCAAAGAUGUUGAGAGGAACCCUAAAAUGGAGGCUGGAGUUCAAGCCUGAGAAGAUUCAAUGGGAUGAUGUAGCUAAAGAAGCUCUCAAGGGAAGGUUAUAUAAGGCUGAUUAUUUGGACAAGCAAGGAAGGGUUGUUUUUGUCAUUAAAGCUGGACUUCAGAAUCCAAGUUUGGCAAUGGUACAGAUCAAGUACCUCGUUUACUGUUUGGAGAAUGCUAUUUCUAAUCCACCUUCUACACAAGAACAGAUGGUCUGGCUAAUAGAUUUUCAAGGGUGGAGCACAUCGUGUAUAUCAGUAAAGGUCACCCGAGAUACUGCUCAAGUCCUGCAGAAUCAUUACCCAGAAAGGUUGGGCCUUGCAGUCUUGUACAAUCCACCAAAAUUGUUCGAGUCAUUUUGGACGAUGGUGAAGCCGUUUCUUGAACCCAAGACUUACAAAAAGGUGAUAUUUGCUUACCCUGACCACCCAAAGAGCCGAGUAAUGAUGGAAGAACUCUUUGACAUGGAGACUCUAGAAGCCUGUUUUGGUGGAAAUAAUAAAGUUGGAAUGAACUAUGAAGCUUAUGGUAAAAAAAUGAGAGAAAAUGACAAAAGGGUGUCUGGUUUGAUUGAUUCUGGCGGUUCAAGUCCUAGUUUUUUUAGCAUGGAUGCUAAUGAAACAUUGCAUUCAACGAAUGGUUCUGAGGAUGGAUCAUCUGGUGGUGAAGCAACUUAUUCAAACUUCGACGAAGAUGAUGAUAUUAUACGGACAGAGACACCUCGCUCCGAAUAUGAACCCAAAAAUGAGGUUCAUCCUGACAAAGUUGAGUGAAGAACUGAAGCAAAAGAGAACUGGUAACUAGCCGGGUCAAUUAUGUUUACACCCAUGCUUUCAACCAAUGCUAAAUUUUACCUUUUCACUGAAAUUGGGAGGAAGUUUUAGUUGGUUCUUUUGACGUGAGAAUUUCAACCAGCACUCAGGAAAUAAUGUUAUUUCUUUCUCCCUCUCUCCUAUUUAUCUCUCUCUUUCUCCGAGGGGGAGUGGGAUUGUGGUGUUUGUAUUGUGUAAUGUCUAAGGAUUUGUUGAGAAGUACCAUUGACUUUUAUUUUUUUGGAAAGGAGCAAAUUGUAUUACUAAUCCAAAAACAAUACAAGAAUCAUAUCAAGUUAUACAAGAGAAAAAAUAGACAAUUGAAUGAAAGUGAAAGAAAUAAGGUGUUAAUGCCCCA